UUUUCGUAAAAUAGCAGGCAAACUGUAAUACAUUAUGUGAGCUCAUAACUUCAGUAGCGGAAGUAAACCCUUGUACAACAGAAAAAUAGUAAAUUUUAGAAGUGUUUCUUAAAUUGCUCUCCACAUAGCGUCCCGACCCAGAAUGCAUUUUGACAAGGUCUUUGAAAAAGCGGCGCGGCUAAUUCAAGAUGGCGGAGAUGGACCAGCUGUUAGAUGAGAGCUCCUCGGCUGAGGCACUUGUUAGUCUGAAAGAGGGUAGUUUGUCCAACAGUAUAAAUGAGAAAAACAGCUUCCCCAGGGCUCACAACACAAGAGGACGAAAUUCCUCGCUGACAAUGGACACGCCCACGCGGAGCUCCAAGAGGAGUCGACUCUUUCGGGAUGAGGAGGAGCAGCAGCAGCAGCUGCAGCCACAGCAGCGAGGCGCUUCCAAGUCUCCCCGGAGGAGUCAGAGGGUCACCACCACACCACAGAAGUUUUCCACCGUCACAACUCCAGACAAGAAGGCAUCGCAGAAAAUCGGUCUCCGAUUAAGGAACCUCCUCAAGUUACCGAAGGCUCAUAAAUGGUGCAUCUACGAAUGGUUCUACUCAAACAUCGACAGGUUGCUGAAAAAGCCCUGCACCGUGCGCUCGUGAAUGACAUGCUAGAUUGAAAGUGAAUGCAUGGAGUGUACUGACUUCCUCACAUGAGGGAGCUAAAACGGGUAGCGCAAACACCCUCAACCCAUUAGCAUAGCCGCAUAAGCAGUUUGGGUUGGACCGGCUAAGAUUCAGCAUAGUCAAAUUGAAGUCUUCAGGCCAGACCAAUCGUUGUCUGAUUUAGUCACAGUAUGACCAUAUGACAAUAUGUCCAUUCAUGUCAGUACCUGCAGUCAUGUUAAUGAAUGUAACUGCAUUCAUGUUAAUGAAUGUAACUGCAUUCAGAUAAUGGAUAAUUAUUUUGGCAGUAUAUAAUAAUAAAGACCAACAUAAUAUACCAUAAUUCGUGUAUGAAAUAUAUGAAUCUAUGAAAUCAAACAGUGGAAGGUCUCUAUGGAGACGAUUAGAAAUACAUAUAAUGAUCUGUUUAACGUAUAGACCAAAUGCAACACCAUUCAUUUUAGCAGAACAGCGGUAAUGCAUUACCAAGUACUGACGGAGAGAAUAAUUUUUUGAGUGUAACGACAUGGUAUGGUAUGGUUUAAUGUGAAAGCUGCUUUUGGCACAGUUUUUUGGAUAUUCUUUAGUGGUUUUGAAACGCUGCCAAACUUUUUAUAAGUUUAUUUUCCUGACAUUUUGUAUCCUUCUAGAAGACUAAAGGUGAAGAGUGUGCUCUACUUCAAAAAUAAAUGAUUGGAUAGUGCCACUGAGCUUACAAAAAUUGGUUAUCAAGCUAAAAUGAAGGACAUUUAUUGAAGCCAAACAUAGCACAGUAAAUUCCACCCUGUAGACUUAGUCCAUCACCAACACAUUUUAUUACGUACAGCUGGAGGCUUUUCCUUCUAGAAGCCAAGCCAUGCUGUGGUAACACUAAUUUAGCACCUCCCAAUGCAACGCAUUGCUGAGACACACACACACACACACACACACACACAAUGUUCCUGACACGAUAAUUCAACUGCUUAUGGCGUUGAAGAUUUGAGGUUACCCCUAUUAUCAACAAGAGAAUAAUGGACCACCAUAGCAAGACACACAAAAAUUGAAUGUGAGAUGUUUAUGUCCUAUUCGAAGCUUGCAAAUGUGGCAGCCUUUGCUUUUGUGUAGGACCUUUCCAAGCUGCCCCUUCUGUAUGAAGGAUAUUUCAUUCCGUGAGCAACGACUCAUGCAAAGUCGUGGUCCAAAUGUUCAUUAAUAACACGCUAUUAUUACUUACUAUUACCAAAUUAAUUUAGAUUUUACUUUUACGAAG